GGAUUCAUUUUUAUGAGUUCAAAGAUAAUUACUUUUCAGACUAAGAAUAUUUAGGGAAAAAAGUACCGUUCAACAUCUCUACUGAGGAUCGUAUCAUGUAGCACAGGGUAUAAGCUGGAGCUAAAGGAAACUUUCCUUAAAGUGCUAUUUACUAAAAAUUGGAACACAUUCUUUAGGACAAAUCAAAGUAUGGCACACAACAUCCAAACUUCCAUCAUAGGUACACAGGUGUGACCAUCUCCCACUCCCAAAUUUCUUUGUCACGCUGAGGAUUACUCAAGAGGAGCAAGACAUGUUGGUUGCAGCAGGAGAAACUUGAAAGCAUUCACUUUUAUGGAAUGCAUAAGGGAGAACAUCUCUUAAAGUAUUUAGAAUCAUCUUUGAUACAUUUAUUAUGUUAAAAGAUAAUGUAGUCAAAUGUCUUCCUGUGUUAAAUCUUUACAAAACUGAAAUCUUAAAAUGGUGACAAAAAUUCUACUUCUGAUAGAAUCUAUUCGUUUUUCCAAUUAGAUAGGGCAUAAUUCUUAAUUUGCAAAACAAAAUGGAAUAUGCUUAUGAGGUUCCAUCCCAAAGAACCUGCUAUUGAGAGUAGCAUUCAGAAUAACGGGUGGAAAUGCCAAUUCCAGAGUUUCAGAUCCUACCCCUAAUUGGGGUAGGGAGGGGCUUUGGGCGGGGCCUCCCUAGAGGCGGAGGCGUUGUUAGAAAGCUGUCUGGCCAGUCCACAGCUGUCACUAAUCGGGGUAAGCCUUGUUGUAUUUGCGCGUGUGGGUGGCAUUCUCAAUGCGAACUAGCUUCACUUGUCAUUUGAGUGAAAUCUGCAACCCGAGGCGGCUAGUGCUCCCGCACUGCUGGGAACUGAGAUCUUCGGGGAUGACUGUCGCCCGAGGUAGGGAGCCAGCAGAGGCACGACCCUUCCUGGGAAUGGGCUGUACUGAGAGGUCCGACUAGCCCCAGGGUUUUAGUGAGAGGGGCAGUGGAACUCAGCGAGGGAUUGAGAGCUUCACAGCAUGCACGAGUUUGAUGCCAGAGAAAAAGUCGGGAGAUAAAGGAGUCGCGUGUCCCUGAAUUGCCGUCGCAGCCGCAGUCACUCAAGUGCCGGACUUGUGAGUACUCUGCGUCUCCAGUCCUCGGAUAGAAGUCAGAGAACUCUCUUGCAGAACUCUCCGAGUUAGGAGACCAGAUCCCUACAAUAACUACUUUUUCUUGCGCUCCCCACUUGCCGCUCUCUGGGACAAACGACAGCCACCGUUCCCCUGACAACAGGAUGGAGGCCAAGGGCAGGAGCUGACCAGCGCCGCCCUCCCGCGCCCCCCCCCCCCGACCCAGGAGGUGGAGAUCCCUCCGGUCCAGCCACAUUCAACACCCACUUUCUCCUCCCUCUGCCCCUAUAUUCCCGAAACCCCCUCCUCCUUCCCUUUUCCCUCCUCCCUGGAGACGGGGGAGGAGAAAAGGAGAGUCCAGGUCGUCAUGACUGAGCUGAAGGCAAAGAGUCCCCGGGCUCCCCACGUGGCGGGCGGCCCGCCCUCCCCCGAGGUCGGAUCUCCACUGCUGUGUCGCCCAGCCGCAGGCCCGUUCCAAGGGAGCCAGACCUCGGACACCUUGCCUGAAGUUUCGGCCAUACCUAUCUCCCUGGACGGGCUACUCUUCCCUCGGCCCUGCCAGGGACAGGACCCCCUAGACGAAAAGACGCAGGACCAACAGUCGCUGUCGGACGUGGAGGGCGCAUAUUCCAGAGCUGAAGCUACAAGGGGUACUGGAGGCAGCAGUUCUAGACCCCCAGAAAAGGACAGCGGACUGCUGGACAGUGUCUUGGACACUCUGUUGGCGCCCUCAGGUCCCGGGCAGAGCCAACCCAGCCCUCCCGCCUGCGAGGUCACCAGCUCUUGGUGCCUGUUUGGCCCCGAACUUCCUGAAGAUCCACCGGCUGCCCCUGCCACCCCUGCCACCCAGAGGGUGUUGUCUCCGCUCAUGAGCCGGUCCGGGAGCAAGGCUGGAGACAGCUCCGAGACGGCAGCUGCCCAUAAGGUGCUGCCCCGGGGCCUGUCACCAUCCCGGCAGCUGCUGCUCCCGGCCUCUGGGAGCCCUCAUUGGUCCGGGGCCCCAGUGAAGCCGUCUCCGCUGCCCACUGCGGUGGAGGUUGAGGAGGAGGAUGGCUCCGAGUCCGAGGACUCUGCGGGUCCGCUUCUGAAGGGCAAACCUCGGGCUCUGGGUGGCGCGGCGGCUGGAGGAGGAGCCGCGGCUGUCCCGCCGGGGGCAGCCGCAGGAGGCGUCGCUCUGGUUCCCAAGGAAGAUUCCCGCUUCUCAGCGCCCAGGGUCGCCCUGGUGGAGCAGGACGCGCCCAUGGCGCCCGGGCGCUCCCCGCUGGCCACCACGACGAUGGAUUUCACCCACGUGCCCAUCCUGCCUCUCAAUCACGCCUUAUUGGCAGCCCGCACUCGGCAGCUGCUGGAAGAGGAGAGCUACGACGGUGGCGCCGGGGCCGCUAGCGCCUUUGCCCCGCCGCGGAGUUCACCCUCUGCCUCAUCCACUCCGGUCGCUGUCGGCGACUUCCCCGACUGCGCGUACCCGCCCGACGCCGAUCCCAAGGACGACGCGUACCCUCUCUAUGGCGACUUCCAGCCGCCCGCUCUAAAGAUCAAGGAGGAGGAGGAAGGCGCGGAGGUCUCCGCGCGCUCCCCGCGUUCCUACCUGGUGGCCGGUGCCAACCCCGCCGCCUUUCCGGAUUUCCCGCUGGGGCCACCGCCCCCGCUGCCGCCGCGAGCGCCCCCAUCCAGACCCGGGGAAGCGGCAGUGACGGCCGCACCAGCCGGUGCCUCAGUGUCAUCCGCGUCCUCCUUGGGGUCGACCCUGGAGUGCAUCCUGUACAAAGCGGAGGGCGCGCCGCCCCAGCAGGGCCCGUUCGCGCCGCCGCCCUGCAAGGCGCCGGGCGCGGGCGGCUGCCUGCUCCCGCGGGAUGGCCUGCCCUCCACCUCCGCCUCUGCCGCCACCGCCGGGGCGGCCCCCGCGCUCUACCCUGCACUCGGCCUCAACGGGCUCCCGCAGCUCGGCUACCAGGCCGCCGUGCUCAAGGAGGGCCUGCAGCAGGUCUACCCGCCCUAUCUCAACUACCUGAGGCCGGAUUCAGAAGCCAGCCAGAGCCCACAAUACAGCUUCGAGUCAUUACCUCAGAAGAUUUGUUUAAUCUGUGGGGAUGAAGCAUCAGGCUGUCAUUAUGGUGUCCUUACCUGUGGGAGCUGUAAGGUCUUCUUUAAAAGGGCAAUGGAAGGGCAGCAUAACUACUUAUGUGCUGGAAGAAAUGACUGCAUCGUUGAUAAAAUCCGCAGAAAAAACUGCCCAGCAUGUCGCCUUAGAAAGUGCUGUCAGGCUGGCAUGGUCCUUGGAGGUCGAAAAUUUAAAAAGUUCAAUAAAGUCAGAGUUAUGAGAGCACUAGAUGCUGUUGCUCUCCCACAGCCAGUGGGCAUUCCAAAUGAAAGCCAAGCCCUAAGCCAGAGAUUCACUUUUUCACCAGGUCAAGACAUACAGUUGAUUCCACCACUGAUCAACCUGUUAGUGAGCAUUGAACCAGAUGUGAUCUAUGCAGGACAUGACAACUCAAAACCUGACACCUCCAGUUCUUUGCUGACAAGUCUUAAUCAACUAGGCGAGAGGCAACUUCUUUCAGUAGUCAAGUGGUCUAAAUUGUUGCCAGGUUUUCGAAACUUACAUAUUGAUGACCAGAUAACUCUCAUUCAGUAUUCUUGGAUGAGCUUAAUGGUGUUUGGUUUAGGAUGGAGAUCCUACAAACACGUCAGUGGGCAGAUGCUGUAUUUUGCACCUGAUCUAAUACUGAAUGAACAGCGGAUGAAAGAAUCAUCAUUCUAUUCAUUAUGCCUUACCAUGUGGCAGAUCCCACAGGAGUUUGUCAAGCUUCAAGUUAGCCAAGAAGAGUUCCUCUGUAUGAAAGUAUUGUUACUUCUUAAUACAAUUCCUUUGGAAGGACUACGAAGUCAAACCCAGUUUGAGGAGAUGAGGUCAAGCUACAUUAGAGAGCUCAUCAAGGCAAUUGGUUUGAGGCAAAAAGGAGUUGUGUCUAGCUCACAGCGUUUCUAUCAACUUACAAAACUUCUUGAUAACUUGCAUGAUCUUGUCAAACAACUUCAUCUGUACUGCUUGAAUACAUUUAUCCAGUCCCGGGCACUGAGUGUUGAAUUUCCAGAAAUGAUGUCUGAAGUUAUUGCUGCACAAUUACCCAAGAUAUUGGCAGGGAUGGUGAAACCCCUUCUCUUUCAUAAAAAGUGAAUGUCAUCUUUUUCUUUUAAAGAAUUAAAUUCUGUGGUAUGUCUUUUUGUUUUGUCAGGAUUAUGAGGUCUUGAAUUUUUAUAAUGUUCUUCUGAAAGCCUUACAUUUAUAACAUAUCAUAGUGUGUAAAUUUAAGAGAAAAAUUGUGAGGUUCUAAUUAUUUUCCUUUAUAAAGUAUAAUUAGAAUGUUUAGCUGUUUUGUGUACCCAUAUUUUCUUGAAGAAUUUACAAGACUGAAAAAGUACUAAAAUUGUUAAACUAUAUCUUAUCCAUAUUAUUUCAUACCAUGUAGGUGAGAAUUUUUAACUUUUGCAUCUAACAAAUCAUCUACUUAAGAGAAAAAAAAUCUUACAUGUAAUAAUACAAAGCUAUUAUAUCAGUUAUUUCUAGGUAACUCCCUUUGUCUCAAUUAUAUUUCCAAAAAUGAACAUUUAAAAUGUUAUGCAAAAUUUUGUCUAAGUAUAUUUGUGUGAGGAUGAAAUUCGUAACUUUCAUCAGAUUUUCAAAAGUAUUUUUAAUGCAAAUAAUGUAGAAAGAGUUUAAAACCACUAAAAUAGAUUGAUGUUCUUCAAACUAGGCAAAACAACUCAUAUGUUAAAACCAUUUUCCAGAUUGGAAACACAAAUCUCUUAGGAAGUUAAUAAGUAGAUUCGUAUCAUUAUACAAAUAGUAUUGUGGAUUUUGUAGGUUUUUAAAAUAAUCUUUUUUGGGGAGAGAAUUGUCCUCUAAUGAGGUAUUACAAGAGGAAAUAAGAAAUCAGAAGAUUAUGGCCUAACUGUACUCCUUACCACCUGUGGCAUGUUGAAAGUUAGUCACCCUUACUGAUUUUCAAUUCUCUCACCUUUGAAAGUAAUAAAAUAUCUUUCCUGCCAAUUGCUCCUUUU